CUCCCCUCACCUCUCCCCCAGCCCCCAGCCUCAGGCCCCUAGCCUCCCCCACCCCAUCCCCAGUAGCCCACCAACAGCCUGCCAACCCAGCCCCCGGGGAGGACCAUGGACAGCCCCUCCAAGCUGUCCGGGGAGACCCUUAUCGUGCACCACAUCCCCCUGGUCCACUGCCAGGUGUCGGGGGGACGGCAGGGGGGCUGCGGGGGGUCGCUGCGGAGGAGCCACCCCUUCAGUCCCCCGGAGAACCUGGGCCUCAGCCGCACCACCUCCCUGCCCGAGAGAGACGUGCUGCAGAGGGAGGCGCUGCUCUACAGCAGCCUGGUCCACGCCUCCUGCCGGUCUGGAGGAGGAGGAGGGGGGAGGGGAGGGAGCACGGCCAGCGACGACUCAUCCUACACAUCGUCCAACUCGGGGGAUCAGCCAACCACGGCUCACACGCUGCCCAGGACAAAGCCCAGGAACCACGGCAACCGUCUCCGUCACAACCCCUUCCUGCUGAACACCGAGGACGACGAGGAGGAGGAGGAGGACGACGGAGACAACCUCAACGGUUACCUGGAGGACUCCUCUUUCCAUCUCCACGGCAACGCCAACUCCACCCUCGACGAUGGGGUGCCCCCCUUCCACCUCCACGACCUGGGGUUCCCCCCCGAGCCCUUCCUGCUGCACGGCACUCUGGGAAAGCCCUGGGGGUCCAGCAGCCGGGAGUCUCUCAGCGGCACGACUUCCGACCUCUCUGCCCACCUGGAGACCCUGGACCUGCUGGGAUUGGACAGCCAGCGUCGCCACGGCAGCAGCGGCUCCAACAUGUCCAUGGACUGCGGGGAGCAGGAGUGGGGCGAGGAUGAGGAGGAGGAAGAGGAGGACCAUCCCAAGACAGGCUCCUGCUCCUCCAGCUGCUCCGCGCCUCCCUGCUCCUGCAGACCCUCCCGGACGUGCCCCCAGCAGCCACACUUCUCAGAGCCCUACUCAGACUGCCAGCUGGGCUAUGGCAGCGACUCGUCCUGCAACAGCUCUGACGGCGUGCUGGUUAAUUUCAGCGCCAUCUUCAACAAGAUGAACAACAGCGUCCCCGCCAAAGUAGCGCCUGGACCCUCCGCCAACCUCAACAGCUCCGCCCAGCACUCCUGUGUCUCAGAGCCGGGUGGGGGGCGGGGCAGCUGCCAUGGGGGCGGGGCCUUCUACCUGGACCUCCACACCUCCCCCACCGACCCCCCCCAGCCCCAGCACGCCCCCUGCCCCUCCAACACCCUGCCCGUCUAUCUCCAGGAGACCCCCCCCUCCACCACCUCCCCCUGCACCUGCUCCGCGCAGCACCAGGGGCCCCUGGACCUGGACGACAACUGUAACUCCUACCAGAAGCUGGGGGAGGCGGGGCCCUGCCUGCAGAGCCAGGCCCGGCUGGUGGUGGCCACACAGAACUACUACAAGCUGGUGACCUGUGACCUCUCGUCCCAGUCCUCGCCCAGUCCCGUGGCCUCGUCCGCCACCAGCUGCUCUGACGAGCACAGCAAGGAAAGCCCCACCCCCACAGAGUACUUCCUGUUCAGACACCAGGCCGAGGAGGGGGGCGGGGCCAGGGAGGAAGACCAGGAAGAUGAGGACCGACAGUCACCGAAGCGUGAUGAAGAGGAGGAGGAGGAGGAGGAGGAGGAGGAAGUGAGCAGGGCAAAGCGAGACGUGGGCUUGGCCGGUAGUGCUCCAGCCCCAGGUGUGAUCGAGGGUCAGGUGUACGUCAACAUCUCCCCUCCCAUUGGCUGCCGUGCCGACAUCGGUGGCGGGGUCUCCGGGGGGCAUACCCGUUCCCGUAGCUACGACCGUAGCCUGGCCCAUGCCCCGCCCCCUGGGCUGGGCCCUCUGGAGCGCAUGCUGAGCUGCCCCAUGCGUCUGAGUGAGGGUGCCGGCCACGCCCUCGGCCAGGCCACGCCCACCAGGGUCACCUCCUUUGCCGAGAUGGCCCGCUGCAAGCGCCGGACCGGAGCCUUGCUGAGGACAGACCCCCUGUCCUCCGGCCCCCACGCCCCCUCCGCGGCUGAGCCCUCCCCCCCGGCGGAGCAGCUGGACCCGGGCUCCACCCCGCCCCCCUGCCCCCUCACACGCUGCUACAGCCAGGGGAGCACUGAGGCCCAGGAGACACGCUCCAGGACUGGAGGCUCUCUGUCCUGUUCUCCAGACUGCUGCCCGGCUGUGGUGCGCUACAGCAAGGACCAGCGUCCCACCUCCCUCCCCAUCCAGCCCUUCACCUUCCACCACCAGUUCUCCAGGCCCCAGCCCAAGCCCCUGCUGCCCCUGCUCACAGGCUACGUGUCUGGGAUGCAGGCCCGCUCCGGCUCCGGGGGUUCUGGAGGUCCGGAGGGGGAUGAGGUGGCCGACGAGCCCUCGGACAGUCCUCGCUGCUCGGGUGCGGUGGCGGUGGCCCCCCCUGGCUCGGUCCGGCCCUCUCCUCUGGGGAGUUACUCCCCCGUCCGCCUGCAGGGGGCGCCCAGCUCAGGGUCCUGCUCCACUUGCACCCCUAGCCCCCCACCCCCCACCUGCCUCUCCUGCCCCCGCUCCCCCCACGCCCAGACGGCCGCCUCCCUGCCCCCCACCCCUCCGCUGGGUGUGUCCCAGGCAGCGGUGCCCCCCUCUCUGCCCCCUGUCCAGGGGUACCAGCGGGGGGCGCUGCCCAGCACCUGCAUCAGCCCUGGGGGGCCGCAUGUGUCAGAACAGGCCGAGCACAGACAAGGACCCCGCCAGCACCAUGCCCAUCAUCUCUCUCCCCAGGCUCUCAAAUGGCGAGAGUAUCGCCGUAGAAACCCUCUGGGGGUGGAGAGGGCAUGCCGCCUGGAUCCCCACAGGGGAGGGGGCGGGGCCAGGGCCCGCCACGCCCGCCGCAACGUGUUUGACUUCCCAGCAACCUCUAGCCGCUUCAAUGGGCCUUCAGUAAAGCAGCUGCAGCAGUACUACAGUGACUACCUGCCAGACUACUUCUCCCUGGCAGAGCGCCCCCCGGAGGAGUUCUGUCUAUCCCCCGACGCCUCCUCCUCCUCCUCCUCUUCCUCCUCCGAGAUCUCUGUCGACCUGCAGCAGAUGAGAGGUUUGGUCAAAGCCAUCAACACUGCCAUAGAUCUGAUUGUUGCUCACUUUGGGACAAGUCGUGAUCCAGAUGUCAAGGCUAAGCUGGGGAACAGCUGGGUGAGUCCCAACGUGGGCCACCUCAUCCUGAAGUACUUGUGUCCGGCCCUGCGGGGGGUUCUGCAGGACGGCCUCAAGCCCCACGUCCUGGACCUCAUCAUCGGCCAGCGUCGCAACCAGCCCUGGGGCCUGGUGGAGGCCUCCACACAGCUGGGCCCGUCCACGCGUGUGCUACACAGCUUGUUCUCUAAAGUGAGCCAGUACUCGGAGCUCACCAGCCACAGCAUGAGGCUCAAUGCCUUCAUCUUCGGUCUCCUCAACUUGAGGUCGCUGGAGUUCUGGUUCAACCAUCUUCACACUCAUGAAGACAUCUUGGCGGUUCACUACCAGCCGUGGGGUUUCCUGCCACUGUCGCAGGGGCCGUGCCAACCGCUGUUCCAGGAACUGCUGCUCCUCCUGCAGCCCCUUUCGCUCCUCCCCUUCCACCUGGACUUCCUGUUUGAGCCCCACCUCCUGCAGAAGGGGCAGGAGCACCUGCGACGAAAGGAGUUGCUCUGCUCCGCCGACCAAUCAGCUCGCUCCACCUUUCAGCUCAUGAGGGGGUGGGGCACGCCCGUGGUCGAGGGGGAGGGGGUGGAAUCUGGCGCCUGGAAGAGGAAGAGGGCAGAGCUGAGACGAGAGGGGACAUGGCCAGGGAUGGAGGGGGCAGGGAGCAGGAUGGAGGGGGCGGGGCAGGGGGAGGGGGCGGGGCAGGGGGAGGGGCUUCCCAGAGAGGGAGGCGGGAUGGACUCCAUCGGGGCGGAACUUGGAUGGAAGCAGCCAAUGGUGGACAUAGAGGAAGGGAUCUCCACCUUGUGGAGGGAGAGAGGAUCCGCGGGGCAGAGAGUGAAGGGAGUGGGUGGAGAGAGUCACCAGGACAACAGGGAUGGAGAGAAGAAGAAGGAGAGAGAGGGGGUGGUGUCGGAGGAGGGCCGUCAGAAACAGGAGCGCCAGGCAGGAUGGUGGUACCAGCUCAUGCAGUCCUCCCAGGUCUACAUUGACCAAUCAGCAGAGGGGUCGAAGUUCACCCGGAGCGAGAAGAGGAAGAAGUCGGGCGAGAGGCGAGCCAGCCAGCUCCCGCCCACGAGGGAGGGCGUGGUGGAGGGGGCGGAGUCCAGACCGGAAGGGGAGGAGCCCAGGAAGAGGAGCAGCAGCGCUGACUCGGCGGGGAGUAGAGGGAGGAGGGCGUGGAUGGGCAGCCCUCCAGACUCCGUCCUCUGCCAGGAGAAGGAGAAGCUCCAGGGGCCCACAGGGGCCCAGCCCUCUGCCGUCCGGCCCCAGGACCAGGCCUCCGCCGCCCGGCCCCAGGACCAGGCCUCCGCCGCCCGGCCCCAGGACCAGGCCCUCUCCCAGGGCAUGCGCUGGGGACGGCUGUUCGGCUCCAGCAGGGGCUCCUCGUCCAGAGCAGACGACUCCAGGCAAGCCAAGACUCAAAGAAGCAGGCUGCCAUCCGGAUGGCUGAGUCUGGACAGGUCUGUUCUGGACAUGGUGGCCCAGACCGUGGGGGCGGGGUCAGGGAGGAGGGUGGAGCCUUCAGCCCCGCCCCUCGACAGCCAAGCUCCUCCCCUGCAGCCUCAGACAGCACAAGCUGUAGAGACCAAGUCUCCAUGUGAGGUGAGGGCUCUGUGUCACCACAUCGCCACAGAGCCAGGCCAGCUGAGCUUCCACAAGGGAGACGUCCUGCGCGUGCUGGCCCAGCCCGACUCCGACUGGCUGCUCUGCUCCCUGGGGGCCAGCCGUGGCCUGGUGCCCCUCAUCUACGUGACGCUCCGCAGCCUGGGUGGGCCCCCCCAUGGGGGCCCGCACUGAGGGGAGGGAGGAGGGAGGGGAGAGGAUGAAGGGAACACGGAAGCGCCUGAGAGGGGAAGAGAAAGAGACAUCAGGUCUGGAUGAUGUCGUCGCUGGAUUCGAGACUCCUCCAGAUGUUUAAGAUGUUUGGGUGUGAUGUGCUCUACUGCAGGAUGAUACUGGGACUUACAGACACAUCUACACAGGAACGGGUCCACAUAGGAGCACAUGCAGGCACGACAACACACUUGCACCUGUGAGGAGAGUUCCUCUCAAGCAUGCACUCAUCCAAAGAGAUGACGCAAAUACACACACACACACACACGUGCACACACACACACGACCUAGAAGACUCUGUGCACAGCUCUCAGAGGUCUCAAACUGUCCGUCAGAUUCUUUUUGAUAGAGCGAUAUAAAGCAAGGAACCAUAUUAAAUGUAUAAAGUGUAUAUACAUAUAUACACACACACCAUACCUAGCUGUGCUUUAUCAUGCUGUGUAUGCCAAGCCCUUCACCCGGCUGUGCCACAACAAUGCUAAGCUAAUGCUAAACAUCCAGCAUCGCAAUCAGAAGGACAAACUGAGCAGGCAACUCUCGAGUCAUUCACCCAGAGUUCUCCAAACCCUUUAUAGAAUAGUCUUAGGAUGACAGUUGGUUUACAUAAAAAAAGAUAAAUUCCAGUAGAGGUCAUUGUAGAUGUGUGAUGAGGCCUGUAUGGGUGUCUUAAGGGCUGUGUGCUCUGAGGGACAACCAGACACGCUUUCAGCUCCUUUCAUCUUCUCAUCGUUGUUGCUCGUGCUUGUUGCCAUGCCAACCGUUGGACGGACGAUUUAGAAGUGGAACCUGUCUCUCCCUCCCUUCAGUUGCAGUGUUUGGGUGACUGCCAGGUUAAACCGACCAAUCACAGGCAGAGGACUGUUGUGCAUGUGAGGAGACAACAUAGUUGUGGAUUCCAGACUCCUCCCUUCUGCCCCCACAACCAAACCAAGACAGGCGGAUCGGCUUUCAGCUGCAGUGGACCUGUGUAUUUAAUUCUGACAUACAUACUAUACGUGCAUAUAUGACUUACACAUGUGGUGAGUUCUGUUUAUUUAUUGAAGAGUUCUAUAAUUUAUUUAGAAAAGCGUGUGAAUGGUUGGGAUGGAUACAGAGGGAAGGAUGUCUAAUGAAAGCAAAAUCGUUUUGGAGUUGUUUUACAGGUGUUUGGUUGAGGUGUUUGGCGGUUGUGACCUGCCUUGUCCCUGUUAACGGCCCCGACCCUGGGGUUCACUUUCCCCCAGAGCUUCUACCAGACUCCUCAGGUGUGUUUCUGGAAAUAAAGAGUUUAAAGAUGUUUUGUGGAAGCUGAUGAGAACCCCAACCCGUUCUUCACUGGCUGUGUACCUGUGACGCCCAGGUGUGCUAUGUGGCCUUAGGUUCAGACUGAGAUGUACAGAAAAUAUACCGUAACGCUGGGAGCAAUCCUAGAUGAUGACUAUUGAGGGUUGUUACCAAAAGACUUUCCUAGUAAUAAUACACCACUUAACGGGUUAGCGAACGUUUCUUUGAGGUUUCAUUGAGACGUUAAUCUAGUCAGUAAGUUAAAUAUAAUGACAUUUGUUUUCCUUUUUCUUUUUUUUACUUUCUUUUUCAUAUAAUUUUUAACAUUGCCUCAACGUUAAUGAUGAACUGUAAAUAUGAUUUAUUUGAAAGGUUCAUUUCUGUAAGAGAAGUAUAGAGAUUGUUAACAUUAAUGAUGCUAUAAGUGUUUGCAAAUGUUCCUUAAUUUGACUGUUAGCAUUGAUGCUAACUUCCUGGAAGCAGGCCAUGGUUUCCUUGGAGAGGCUGAGAGAAGGUUAGCAGUCAGUAGUCUAUGUAUAUGUAACUAUGUUGGGACUGGAUGAACUCACUCCUCAGUAGAUAUAUACCGCCCACCCACACCAUCGAACGGUUAUCUUUUGUGUGGCGUAGCUGGUAAAGAGGUGUUUACGAGAGGUGAUGGUUGCGGUCAGAGAAUCAGAGGACUGGUUCGAAUGCCAGAGUGAGGAAAGAAGUGAUCUUGACCAGCAACGACAUGCAUCACGAUGGACUGGGUCGCCGUUCUUCUUCCAGCACGUUCUGCUCUUCAUGACAUCCUCAGAUGCUGAAAAGUCACAUAGAGAAACGAGUCAGAGAGAGAGAGAUCAUAUGGGAGCUACUGAUCGACAAUUAAGAACAAUUCAAAUCCAUUGGUUCCGAUUGGUUUAUUAUUUUUAGCCAUACUGCAGUGUCCUGCCAGACUCAAUGUGUUGGCUGAAGAUCUGUACAGUGAGCUUAGCUCAAUCACAUUCUCCCACAGUCAUGGUUUGUUCAAAGGACAAGUCUACACGUCGAUAAUCUAUAUUUGUGCAGUUGUAGCAAGGGGUCUCUCUCUGUCUCUCUCUGUUUCUCUCUGUCUCUCUCUGUCUCUGUCUCUCUUUGUCUCUCUGUCUCUCUCUGUUUCUCUCUGUCUCUCCUAGUCUCUCUCUGUCUCUCCUAGUCUGUCUCUCUCUGUCUCUCCUAGUCUGUCUCUGUUUCUCUCUGUCUCUCUCUGUCUCUCUCUGUUUCUCUCUGUCUCUCUCUGUCUGUCUCUGUCUCUCCUAGUCUGUCUCUCUCUGUCUCUCCUAGUCUGUCUCUCUCUGUUUCUCUGUCUCUCUCUGUCUGUCUCUGUCUCUCCUAGUCUCUCUCUGUUUCUCUCUGUCUCUCUCUGUCUCUCCUAGUCUGUUUCUCUCUGUCUCUCCUAGUCUGUCUCUCUCUGUUUCUCUCUGUCUCUGUCUCUCUCUGUCUCUCUCUGUUUCUCUCUGUCUCUCCUAGUCUCUCUCUGUCUCUCCUAGUCUGUCUCUCUCUGUCUCUCCUAGUCUCUCUCUGUUUCUCUCUGUCUCUCUCUGUCUCUCUCUGUUUCUCUCUGUCUCUCUCUGUCUGUCUCUGUCUCUCCUAGUCUGUCUCUCUCUGUCUCUCCUAGUCUGUCUCUCUCUGUUUCUCUGUCUCUCUCUGUCUGUCUCUGUCUCUCCUAGUCUCUCUCUGUUUCUCUCUGUCUCUCUCUGUCUCUCCUAGUCUGUUUCUCUCUGUCUCUCUCUGUCUCUCCUAGUCUGUCUCUCUCUGUUUCUCUCUGUCUCUCUCUGUCUGUCUCUGUCUCUCUCUGUCUGUCUCUGUCUCUCCUAGUCUGUCUCUCUCUGUCUGUCUCUGUCUCUCCUAGUCUGUCUCUCUCUGUCUGUCUCUGUCUCUCCUAGUCUGACUCUUUGCUCCUGCUUGUACCUGUAGCAGAAGUGGCUCUGCUGCCCUCUGUGUGUCCAUACUAUAUGACCUGUAUGACAUUAUCAACCUACUAUGGAUAUUAUUAACAAUAACAAAGUGCUCUUGUGAUCACAGUUCAAA